GCUCACCAAACUCACCAGGCUCACCAGACUCACCAGGCUCCCCGAGACUCAACAGGAUCAACAGGAUCACCAGGGUCACAUAGACUCCAGCUCCAGCCCUAACUCACAGGAUGCGCUGUCUGCCGGUGCUGUCCCUCUGCGCGGUGUUCGCGGCGGUGCUGCUGGCGACCGGGGCGCCCCGCGGGGCCCAGGGGAUGGCGCUGCCCCAGUGCCACCCCUCCGUGCUGCAGACGGGCUCGGACCGCAUCCGCAAGGUGUGCGCCGCGCUGUCCACCAUGUACGAGCUGUCCAGCGCCAUGGAGUCGUACCUGGACGACAAGGGGACGCUGCAGAGUGAGUCCGAAGUGUUACGGGAGAACGCCCCACUUGUCGACAGCGGAGUGAAGAGGCAAGACGUGGACCACGUCUUCCUGAGGUUCGGCCGCCGUCGCUAAGUCCUGGGCCACUACACCAAGCGGCUCGCCGAGCGGCGCGGUAGUCUUCAGCCGCCUUCUGUUGUCUCUACAAAGUAUUGUUUUCGACUGGCCCCGUGGAUCGUUGUAGAAAGUCAAUUUUUUGUUAUCCGAAACUGAUGCCGAUGUCUUGAGAUCAUUUCCAGAUCUUUCAUCACUGUCCCCAAUUUACUUACCGCUCUCUCAUGUAAUCUCUUUGAGGCUGUCCGAAAAGAACUGUUGCAGCUUGGAGUGAUGGUCAUGGACCCACCCCAUCACUCUAAGCUACUACUUUCUCUUCCGACAGGUUUGUUUUAAUUUAUAAAUGGUAUGGUAAUUUGGAGACUUAGAUUAAAUAUUAGAUUUGUAAAUAUAAAAGCCUUAGAAGAGGUUCAGCAUGGUGAGAAAUAAGGCUCCUAUGCUGUCAGGAUGUAAUCCCUUGAGAGUAACAUUUUUUAACAGUGUCAAUAAAGGUACAUAAAGGUGUUAAAA